CGCGGGGGUAGCAGAGCUCGGAGGGAGGAUCGAUGCUGGGCAGGGGGCAGCGGGGUGCCCCGGCCGCCUGGGGCGAGCCCCCCGAACAACUGAGGGGCAGCGGCAGAAGCAACAGCGGGGGUCAUAGCCCUGGUAAGCAGGACCAGUUACCGCCUACUGGCUCCUUUCAGAAGAAGAGGGUGGUGAGAAGGCCUGGCUAUAUGAGGACAGACACCAGGCCACAGAUAGAAUGCCUUACUCCUACAGCUCACCCAUCAUUCAACCUGAAAGAGCUGGGGCGUGGGAAGGACAGAAAGACGGAGCUCAAGACCUGCUCCACGACCCGACCGGGAGACUCUGAUUUGAGAAGACCGGGUUUCAGCUCCUCAGCUGGACAUCCUAUCCUCAAGGGCAGCAGGGUCAUAGGGCAAAGUAUACCGGGAAGUUUCUGGUCCCAGCCAGGUUCAAGUACCAAACUGAUCGACAAAUUUAUUGGUCCCUCUGCAUCUGUUUGUUUGGGAAAUAUUCCAUCCCCAUGUAGGCCUGAGGCCUCCCUGGCCCCUUGGGAGUUGGCUGGGGGUGUCAGAACUCAGGGCCCCACAUGCCCUGUGAUACAGAAGGAAGCACACCACUCGGGUGACCAAGCAGGCUGCCAGCCCGCCCCUUCCACCCCACCUAGCCCUCAGGAUGUCUUUAACUCGAGUUUCAGUUUCAUACAACUUUCUCUCCAGUCUACUGGGGAGCGGGGAGAGGCGGAGGGUUGCCUCCCCACAAGGGAGGUAGAGCCCCACUGUCAAAGUCCCACAGAGGUACGGGCAGAAAAUACCAACGUGAAUAAGUCUAUCAAGAGGCAGGGCAGUUCAGGAGCCUGUGAGGACCUGAAGCGCAUCUCUCAGCCUUGCAGUUGCAGGGCUGCCCAAGUUCCUGUGGGCACCACCCUGGCCAGCAACAUCCAGACUGAGAAGGAGGCUUUUUCUUUCACGGAUACUGAGAACCCGGCCAUCUCCUGUUCCCCGGAUUCCUCUUCCCUUGGCUCUUCACUUACCUCAGGCUACGAGAGCAGCAUCAUGGCAAGUGAUCACAGAUGGGACACCCUGGUCAAGAAAUAUGAGCCGGUGCUGAUGGAUUGUCUUCUGAGUAACCAGGCUGUGCUAAAGGUAAAAUCCUUGAUGUUCAAACUUCAGAAACUUCAGGAAAAAGCAGUGGAAGAAGAUAAUUAUGACAAAGCUGAAGAAUUAAAACAACAAUUAGAAGACUUGGAGAAAGAAAAGAGCACCCUAAAGUUUCAGCUUCCUUCAAGACAUCCAUCUAUUAGUUCAUUUUUGGACUAUUUUGGAGCCCAAGUCCAAUCUGCUCUGCACUGGGCUACACAUGAGAUUAGCAGUGAAGAAACCCAGCCCCAGCUCAGAAUGGAGCCAAACUUCUCAGAAUCCUCAGCUCAGGACAGACUCCAGGUCUCCAUCACCAGGAGAGAUUGGCUUCCAGAGAAGCAGCAGUUACAGAAGGAAAUCGAAGGACUCCAAGCAAGGAUGUCUGUGCUAGAAGCAAAAGAUCAACAAUUAAGACGGGAUAUAGAAGAGCAAGAGAGGUUCGUCCAAUUUCAGGAUUGUGAGCUGACUUCCUUGCUGGGAUGUGUGUCUCUGGGAGAGCUGCAGGAGGUCAGGAAGGCCUUGGAUGACACACUAGCCUUGUCCUAUCAGAUACCAUUUAGUCUGGAGCUCCCUGGAACUAUGAAGAGCCUCCAAGAGAGGGAGCAGUCACUCAGCUUGGCCAUUAAAGAAACUACUUCAAAGGUUUGUACGAGUCAGAAACUCUGCAGCACUUUGAGGAGGAAAGUGAAUGAAAUCGAGACCCAGUUACCAGCCUUGCUUGAAGCCAAAGUACUUGCUGUUUCAGGGAAUAGUUUCUCUACAGCCAAGGAUCUCGUGGAGGAGAUUAGGUCGUUAACAUCUGAGAGAGAAGGGCUGGAGGGCCUGAUCAACAAGCUGCUGGUGCUGAGUGCCAGGAACGUCAGGAAAUUGGAGAGAAUUAAAGAAGAUUACAACAGACUGAGACAAGAAAUAGAACAGGAGGAGACUGCCUAUGAAAGCAGUGUGAAGGAAAAUACUGUGAAGUACAUGGAAAUAUUGGAAGAUAAAUUGCACAGCUCCAGAAGUCAGCUUCUAGAAAAAGUGUGGGAAGCUGAUUUGGAAGCUUGUCAGCUCUUGAUCCGGGGCUUCCAGCUUCAAGAGGUCAGUAGCUGUGUUUCGGGAGGAGAAGAGACUCAGAUGGACGACUUAGAGACAGCUACCCCUGCCCCUGCCCUGGCUACAUCUAUGCUUCCAAGGCCCACUUCAGAAGAUGGACUGAAGCCCUUUUGUCAGCCAGUGGAGAAGUGGAAAGCAACCCCAUAUCCCACCAGUCAGUGUGGUGGCUGGGAACACAAAGAGGAAUCUUGCAUUAUUUCUCUAGAACUGGGAGAAAAAUGUGAAGCCAUAAGUGAAAAGUUAUUGUAUUUGGAAGAUCAACUUCAUGCCGCAAUCUAUAGCCGUGAUGAAGGGCUUGUUCAGGCUCUCAAGAGGGAGAUACAGAUGGUGAAGGAAACUCUGCAGGCCAUGAUUGUGCAGCUCCAGCCAGCGGAGGCCGGAGAUUCCUGUGUGACAGCUGGUGUCCAGAAAACCCAGGCUGGACAAGUGAUGGGGGAGGUGGGAGAGAAGAGAGUUUCACAAUUUCAUAAAUCCCAAUUCUCUGAGGGCCGCUUUGGGUAACUGAGCCUUCUCACACAUCAAGCUGGACACACCUCUUCACAUUGUGCUUAAUGAAUUCUCUUGAAGAACUUAUGGAGACUGGAGCCUUAAGAGCCAGAAGAGGACUAUGAUGAUUUUCACGGGCUGGCACAGAUUAGGAAAACAGGUUUCCAUGAAGCAUUCAUGGUGACUGGAAUUGGGGAGACUGUAAAUUAAUACAGUGGGGUGGGGGGGGGAAGAGAUGCCGUUUUUCCUUUUGAAUGGCAAACAGAGAUGCCUCAAAUACAUUAUUAACAAUGGCUUCCCUGCUCAGGAUUGUGAAAGUCUUCCUUCUUUAAUAACAAUUAUGUUCAAGUAUUUCCCUUCCAGCCCCCAUCAGAGACAGAAAUUCUGACAGACAAAUGGUUUUUCUCCUCCCUCUUCAUUUUCUUGCUUUGUACCACACUAAAAAUAUUUCUGAUAAAAGAGAAAUCCAAACAACAGUCAAUUUUUCCUCACCUGUGCCUGGGCUACAUUUUCCUAGAGGCACAUUAUGUAACAGAGAUAAUUAACCUCAGAAUGUUGAGUAGCUUUUCAUCUUAUUUCAUCUGUGACUUACCAAUGACUCAUAAGAAUUUAAUACCAGAAACCUAAAGUGUGUUUUUUUUAAACGACAGCAGCCUCUAUUGUGUAAAUGCCUAAUUAUCUUUUAAAGAGAUGAUUUCUUGCUUAGCACUCUUUUUUUCUCCAUGCUUUUGAACUGCUUUUUUCUAUAUGCUGGAGCUCAAGUCUAAAGUCUCUAUGCAUUGAAGGAAUUAGAUGAUAUGUAAAUUGACUUUUACAAAAGUCCUAUUUUCUUCCCUGAUCUUUUUCACUGAUUUGUCAGACAGGAAAUGGUAGUGAAAACCCACCCCUAGAUGACACAGUGUUCGAUAACAGCUUUUAGCUUUACAAGUCCAGCAUUCUUCCUUUUGGCAAAAUCAAGGUAGUGUUAAACAGUUGAUAAAGCAGCUCUGCAGAAGUGAUUUAUAUCUCACUGACCCAGUUAGGUUAUUUUCAUCCUCAAUCCUCUAACUGAACCGAAAAUGGGACCCUAAACACUGACUGUGUGGCAUAUAGCAAGAAGAAAUUUCAUCUAUCCACUAUGACUAGAGAGCAUAAGCUUCCCUCACAGAGUUGAGGCCAGACAUUGCCCUGAGCUCAGAUUGGGUCCAGUGUUAUAACGAAACAAGAAGAAUCUGCAAAUUGAUUUUAUUCUCUUUUGGUUUUUAGCAAUGGUCCUGCUUUAGUUUGCAACCAUUAGCACAUGAAAAGACUUCCAUUCUAAUCCAGGAAAAUGCCUUUACUUAAAUUAACAAUUAAAUUUUGAGAAGAGAAGGCAAAGAGAAAGUACAAUAUCUGAAUCUGAUGAUUCUUGUUCCUACUCCUCCUAGGACAGCAAGGUGGCA